AUGGCUCUUAGAAACUCUCUUGCUCUCUUCCUUCUCUUCAACAUCCUUUUCUUCACCCUCACUUCAGCCACCCGCAGUACUAAUUGUCCUCCGCCACCGCGCAAACACAACAAACACAAGCCUAACCCACCAACUACCACCGGGACUUGCCCUUUAGAUACCAUUAAACUUGGUGUUUGUGUUAACGUGCUCAACUUGUUGAACGGUGUGACUCUAGGAACUCCUCCCGUGACUCCAUGUUGCAGCCUCAUCAAGGGUUUGGUUGAUCUUGAAGCUGCGCUUUGUCUUUGCACUGCCCUUAAGGCUAGUGUUCUUGGCAUCAACCUUAACCUUCCCAUCAACCUUAGCUUGCUUCUCAAUGUUUGCAGCAGAAAGGCACCACGUGGCUUCCAAUGUCCUUAA